UCUGUUCUGGAUAGAGAGGAUUUUUCAUUUAAAUGUUCAAAGUAUAUUUAGGUUUUAUUUUUAUUAAUUUAUUCCUCAUUGGGGUCAGUAACGGUUUCUGGGACAUUCGCGUUUCGUUCAGUUUGACCCCUGCGGCUGCCGUUCAAUCAAGAUGGUGCUGGAGAAGAAAAGCUCCGCCCGGGUCGAAGCGGGUCAGCGCAGGGUUCUGGAUGAGGCGACCCGGCAAAGGAGGCUGACCCGGCAGCUGGAGGCUCUGGAGAAAGACAACUUCCAGGAUGACCCCCUGACCUCCCUGCCCCCCUGGUCCCACGGCCGACUCCCAGCCUUCAGUGAGACAGAAGAGCCAGAGAAGAAGAGGAGGAAGACGAGGGGCGAUCACUUCAAGCAGCGCUUCAGGAAGAACUUCACCACCCUGCUGGAGGAGGAGAACCUGUCGGAGAGGGCGGAGCCUAACUACCUGUCAGCGGCGGCCCCGCCCUCCUCUUUGCCGCCACGUCUCUUCUGCUGCGUCUGCGGCUUCCCGUCCCACUACACCUGCACCACCUGCGGGGGGCGCUACUGCAGCACCAGGUGUCUGCUCACACACAGGGAGACCAGGUGUCUGAAGUGGACGCUCUGAAGACGCUUCGGACCGGAUUGGACCAGAUGGACGCUUGGACCGGACCGCAGGACAUGUUGGACUGCUGCUGCUGGUCGGAGACGCUGCUCCAUGGUUCUCUGGGUCAGGACGCUCCAGAACCUGGACGACCCAGUUGGUUCUGACCCGUCUCUGCCUUCACUGCAGAACCAGAACCACCAGAACCCUGAGGUUCCACAGGAGGUCACCUGAGCUCGUUCCAGUUGGCGGGAACCAGAACCAGAACCGACCCGGAUCUCCUGGAUGUUUUCAUUUCAUUUUGUUCUGAAACUGAAAUAAAUGUUGUUGAUUUCUGACCUUUCAAAAUAAAA